GGUCGACACGCACUCUUCGUGUUUUGCAGGAAGCAUCGGAUCGGAUCGGGUCUCUCCUCAAGGGCACCGAGGGCAUGGAUUCUGAGAGUUGUCACGGUUUAGGACGGUGGCCUGAGGCGGCGGCGGCGGCGGCGGCUGCGGAUUCGGAGAUGACCGAUUUGGUUCCUGGAGAUGGACAGAAGAAAGCCGAUGCUCCGAUAAGCGCCGAGGGUCGACGUAAUUCUUCUUCCGGAAGUGUUGAUCUUGAUGGCGCUGCGGAUGGGUCGGCUGUGGUUGGCGGGAGAGCUGGCUUGCCGGUCCAGUCCUGUUUUGCAUGGCUUCCCGUCGAACUGAAGCUCAAGAUUCUCAAAUCGCUUCCCCGCAUUGACCUCGCGAGGGUAGGAUGCGUGUGUUCGGAACUUCGGGAUUUGGCAUCCAAUGAUGACUUGUGGAAGCAGAAGUACGUGGAGGAGUUUGGAGAGCCGAUGGCAUACGAAGGGACGAUCCCCUGGAAGCAGCUUUUCGAAAAACGGUCGUGGACAGUGAGGGAGAUCAGAAGAUGGAGAGCAAAUGAAAUCAGACUCCUUAGCCUUCCCCUUUUUAGAAUUUGAAGGGGUCUCAGUACCUUGUUGUUUGAGGAAUUACAGGCUGUGAUUGUGAUCGCUUAUCUGGUCUUUUGGUUCCUCCUCCUUUCGGACAGCCAUUGUCAAGUUCAACUCUUACCCUGACUGCAAUCUGGGAGGAUUAACUGCUGAUGUGAGUCGGGAUUUGAGCAGAUCUCGAUGACCGUCGCGCAAUAGCUGCCGACAUAGUGUAGCACUUAAGGUAUUAUGAAAUGGUUGCUGUAAAGAUAGAAUUGGGUGCUUAGCCCUUAGGAAGAUGAGGAUUGAUUGGAACUUGGACAAAGGUUGGAGUUUUACUGUUAAUUUAGUUUUACAGAAGUCCUCGCUUUCCAUGUUUACCUACCAAUACUGACUACUCCAUUGUACAUGAAGUUGUGUGUUCUUGACAA